AUGGAAAAGCCUAAUCAGACCUCCUCUGUGGUGGGGUUCAUUCUCCUGGGCCUGUCAGCCCACCCAAAGCUGGAGAAAACGUUCUUUGUGCUCAUCCUGCUCAUGUACCUGGUGAUCCUGCUGGGCAAUGGGGUCCUCAUCUUGGUGACCAUCCUUGACUCCCGCCUGCACACACCCAUGUACUUCUUCUUGGAGAACCUCUCCUUCCUGGAUAUCUGCUACACAACCUCCUCAGUCCCUCUGGUCCUGGAUAGCUUCCUGACCCCCCAGAAAACCAUCUCCUUCUCAGCCUGUGCCAUGCAGAUGUUUCUCUCCUUCUCCAUGGCGGGAACAGAGUGUGUGCUCCUGAGCAUGAUGGCGUUUGAUCGCUACGUGGCUAUCUGCAACCCCCUGAGGUACUCUGUGGUCAUGAGCAAGGCUGUCUAUGUGCCCAUGGCUGCUGGCUCCUGGGCUAUUGGUGGUGUUACUUCUCUGGUUCACACAUCCUUGGUAAUUCAGCUGCCCUUCUGUGGGGCCAAUAUCAUCAACCACUUCACCUGUGAGAUCCUGGCUGUCCUGAAGUUGGCUUGUGCUGACAUUUCCAUCAGUGUGAUCAGCAUGGAGGUGACCAAUGUGAUCUUCCUGGAGGUCCCAGUUCUGUUCAUCUCUGUCUCUUAUGUCUUCAUCAUUGCCACCAUCCUGAGGAUCCCCUCCUCUGAGGGGAAGAAAAAGGCCUUCUCCACCUGCUCUGCCCACCUCACUGUGGUGAUAAUAUUCUAUGGGACCUUAUUUUUCAUGUAUGGAAAGCCCAAGUCUAAGGACUCUCAGGGUGCAGACAAAGAGGACCUUGCAGACAAGCUCAUCCCCCUCUUCUACGGGGUGGUGAUCCCCAUGCUCAACCCCAUCAUCUACAGCCUGAGGAACAAUGAUGUGAAGGCUGCUGUGCGGAACCUGGUGAGUCAGAAAUGCUUCAGGAGAUGA